AUGUCAGAAGAUUGGUCACAAUAUCAUCAAGAAACCCGCUUUAUCCACGCUGGCCAACCUCCAGAUCCAGUAACUGGAGCUCUUGCAACCCCAAUCUCGCUUUCAACCACCUUUGCUCAGCACUCUCCAGGCACCACUUAUGGUGGAUUUGAGUAUUCCCGUACUGGAAAUCCUACAAGAAAAGCCUUCGAGCAGUGUCUCGCAGCCUCAGAAGGUGCAAGAUUCGCCCUUGCUUUUGCAUCAGGCUGUGCCACAACUGCAACCAUUAUGGCAAUGUACGGUCCAGGCACUCACAUCCUUUCUUCUGACGACGUAUAUGGUGGCACUCGUAGACUUUUCACAAGAAUGUGCACGCCAAACCAAGGAAUCGAGUUCGGCUUUGUCAACACCUCAGACCCUGCAGCUGUAGAAGCCGCUUUUAAGCCAAAUACCAAGCUUUUAUGGUUAGAAACCCCUACCAACCCAACUUUAAAAAUUUCUGACAUACAGCUUAUAGCAGAAAUAGCUCAUAAGCAUGGCGUUCAUGUAUAUGUGGACAAUACUUUUUGUUCACCAUACGGACAACACCCAAUUGAGCUUGGCGCUGACGCCGUUGUGCAUUCUUGUACUAAAUAUAUUGGAGGACAUACUGAUGUCGUCAUGGGGGUUAUGUGUACAAGUAAUGAAGAAAUUUACAACAAAGUAAAAUUUUUACAAAAUACAAUUGGAGCUGUCCCUUCACCUUUUGACUGCUAUUUAGCAUUGAGGGGGAUGAAAACCCUGCAUUUGAGGAUGAAGGCUCACCAGAAAAAUGCCUUGAGAGUGGCACAGUUUUUAGAAAGCCACCCGAAGGUUGAUAAGGUGCUUUAUCCAGGAUUGCCGUCACACCCUCAGUAUGAAAUUGCGAGGAAACAAAUGAAGAAUUUUUCAGGGAUGAUUUCGUUUUAUCUUAAAGGAGGACUUGCAGAAGCAAGAAGGUUUUUGGAGCAUGUGAAGCUGUUUGUGUGUGCUGAAAGUUUGGGGGCAGUAGAGUGCCUUUUGGAGCAUCCUGGGAUAUUUUUUUUUAUAAUUUGAUAUUGUUCAUCCUUAGAGACAUCAAAGAAUUCUGAUCAGCCAUUUUAAUUAAUUCAUUAUAUGGAAAAUAAAAAAAUUAUUUUAAAAUAAAAUAUAGGGCCCAUGGGAUAAUGACUCAUGCAUCAGUUCCUGAAGAAGUCAGAGCCGAACUAGGGAUUUCAGAUUCAUUAAUUCGUUUGUCAAUUGGAGUUGAACACAUUGAUGAUAUUCUUAGAGACUUAACCGGAGCUUUAGAUGCAAUUUAA